UUGAGACCAACAAAAAUGCCACCUUGACUAAACAGUUAGCCACCAGUGAUAGCACCAUUAAAUUUCUGAAUACUUUUGUGAAUAACCUAAUUGCCGAGAAAGAAAAGAUUAGCGCUGCGACCGCCGCGGCAGUCAGAGAGAGGGAAAAAUUACAGGCUGAUUAUCUCGAUUUAGAACGGGAAAGAGACGGAUUGAUUAAUUACUAUCGCGACAAAGCACUAGAUAUUGAUCGCUUGGCAGGAGAAUUAGCCAACGCUCGGAGACAAAUUGCCACCUUAGAGUUAGAAUUAAAAAAUCAAACUGAUGUUGCUGCUAAUUUAAGUGAGGAACUAACUGCCGCCCGAGCAGAGGCUGACCGAUUAAGAAGCCAGUCUGACACCACCGAGGCAGAAUAUAAAGAAUUACAAGGGCGAGUGGAAAAUGCCGAAACUGCUCUGACUGCUACCCGAGCCAAAUUAGCAGAAAAAGACCAAUUACAGGAAGAGUUAAAGAACAAAAUCGAAGAAUUAGAAAAUAAGAUAGACACAUUAAAAUUAGCUCGGAAGGAAAGAAAAAAAGCACAGGGAAAAAAUGGUAGCGAUUUAAAAAAAAGAUUAAAAUCCUUAGAAGACAUUAAUACCGAACUCUCCACCGCUAAUACCAAAUAUGAGGAAGAUUUAGCAGCGAUCAAUGAGGAAAAUAGUCGUCUAAGAAUGGAACUAAAUUACGCCACCGGUCAAGGGGGAAACUUAGUCCUUGAAAAUCACAAUUUAAAGAAUAAAUUGAAAGAACAAGAUAGUUUGACCGCAAAAAUUAGAAAACUGGAAAGUAAUUUAGAGCAAAAAGAUCUUGAAAAGCAACGACUAGAAACUGAUUUAAAAAAAUUAAACAGUGAUUAUAAGCGCUCCCAAAACUUGGUAGCCACCAUGAAAGCAAGCCAAGUAGACUUAGAGACUAAAAAUCAAAACUACCUGACAGAACUACAAACCCAACUAACUAAAAAAGCAAACGAGGUUAGCAAUUUAGAAGCCAAAUUAAGGCAAACAGAAAAAGAUUGA